AUGGCGAGUAAAUUAAAGAGCAUCUUCAAGUUCCUCGCGCCAGACUCGGAAAAGGGCCAAGAUGGGCGUGACGUGUGGUCGUCGAGGACGGCAUUCGUGCUCGCAGCCAUGGGAGGUGCCGUCGGCCUAGGCAACCUCCUCCGAUACCCGUCCGUCGUCUUCGCCAACAACGGCGUCCAGUGGUUCAUCCCGUACUUCCUCGCCCUCUUGUUCCUAGGCAUACCGCUCUUGCUGCUCGAAAUCUCCAUCGGGCAAGCCUACCGCGGGGGCUCCGUCAUCGCCUACAACUCAAUCAACAAGCACACCCGGGGCGUCGGCUUCGGCGUCAUCACAACCGGAUACAUUGUAUCGACCUACUACGUGCCCAUCCUGAGCUGGGUAAUGCGGUACUUUCGCUCCUCCUUCCAGAGCCCGCUGCCAUGGACAGGCCGCGGCAACGAGUUCUACACGCAAGACGUCAUUGCCAACGCGGCUCCCGUUCCCGGCACAACCAGCGGUGGCACAGUCACAUCCUACACCCAGUACCCGGGGACUGGGUUCGUCGGAGAGACAGUGGGCUGGUGCGCGUUCAUGUGGCUGGCCGUGUAUCUCUGCCUGUUCAAGGGCGUCGGCGUGACGGGCCGCGCCGUCUACUUCACCAUGGGCCUGCCCGUGGUGAUGAUGUUUGUGCUCAUGGGCCGCUCGCUGUCGCUGCCCAACGCCAUAGACGGCGUGAGGCUGUACUUUGCCGAGUGGCACGGCGACAAGCUGGCCGGCGGGCAGAUAUGGCAGGCGGCCUGCGGGCAAAUCUUCUUCUCUAUCGGCGUCGGCUUCGGCUACUUCACGGCCUAUGCGUCCUACAACAGCCGCUACUCCAACGCCGUCCAGGACGCCGUCAUCAUCUCCCUCUGCAACUCUAUGUACGAGAUACUGGCAGGUUUUGCCGUGUUUGGAAUCGUCGGCUUCUUGGGCCUCCGGCCCCAAGACGACGUUCAGCUCACCACCUUCUCCGUCGGGUUCCUCACCUAUCCUCUGGCUAUUGCCGAGAUGCCGGGGGCCAAUGUCUGGGCAGUCUUGUUCUUCUUGACUCUGGCGUUUCUGGGCUUGAGCUCGGCCUUUGCCCUCACCGAGUCCAUGGUCACGCUGCUCUGUGACUCGGACCUGAGUAAAAGGUUUCCUCGAAUUGUCAUCUCCACCGCUGUUAUUGUCAUUUCCUUCCUCUUGUCUCUAAUGUACUGCUCUUCCUUUGGCUUCUAUCUUUUAGACGCCAUGGACACUUGGAUCAACAAUCUUUCACUCCUGUUUGUUGCCUGGUGUGAGGGCAUGGUGUGCACCACGCUAUAUAGACACAGGGAUGUGUAUAAACAGGUCGGCUGGGCGGCGUUUUUGGUAUAUACAGGUUGCUACCUCAUGGCCAUGGUGCUUGGCGUUGCCGUUGGCCACUCUGUAAGCCCAGUUGCCGGAGCCGGUGUAGGAUUCGGUCUCUUCAUUGUCGGCGCGGUGGUUUCUGUCCUUGUUGCAAAGACUCCCGACUCUGUUCCUCCAGUGUUCUGGGGCAAGAGCAAAUGGCUAAGCAGGUUUUGGUGGGUUGCUUUUUAUUCGGGCAAUCAACUUACGCGCGACCUCAACGCGGUCAUAGCAACCGGGAAGAACUGGAGAAUUCCCGUCUUCUGGGCCCCCGUCAUUCGCUACAUAUCAUGUCCUAUCCUUUCCAUCAUCAUGUCUUUCGCAUAUCCAGCUUUCUACAAAUUGCGGAUGGACCCUCUGCACAUCUUUGCAUUCGCAGUCGCACAUGUGAUAAUGGUCAUUGUGGUGGUGGGCCUCAUCUUCCCACGAGCAUUUGACAUUUUUAUCCCCCCCAAGCGACGGGAGAACGAGAGCGUGGCAUACGCUCCCCAAGUUACCAUCAUGGGGGUGAGUGAUGGUAGCGCGGCCACGGAGGCUGGGGAGGGCAGAGACGAAAGCCAGGACUUUGGUAGCAAGGGAUUGGAGGAAAGCAAGUAA